UUAAGUCAGUCAGCUCCUUGAUGGUCAGAAAGAUGGAAAUGUUGAAGGCAUGCAACAUCCUGGUGACUGGCUCCAACCGAGGCCUCGGUCUGGAGCUGGUCAAGCAGCUGGCAGAGAAGAACAGUCAUGCAGAAAAGAUCUUUGCCACUUGCCGGGACCCAGAAGGCCCAGGUGCUCAGGAUUUGAGGAAUCUGGCAGCCAAACAUCAGCAAAUAAAGAUCAUCCGUCUGGAUACGUCUGAGCCAUCCAGCAUCAAUGCUGCUGCAGCCAAAGUUACUGAGCACCUGAAAGGCAAUGGGUUGAAUCUGCUGAUAAACAAUGCUGGGAUUGUAAAGAUGACCACUCUAGAGUCCGAGACAUUGGAAAGCAUGUCUGAGGUGUACAAAACCAACGUGAUCGGGCCCCUGUUGGUCAGCCAGGCACUCAUGCUCUUGCUGAAGAAGGCAGCCCAACAAAGCCCCCAGAAAGAAAUGAGCUGCAGCAAAGCAGCCAUUGUGAACAUGUCCAGUGAAGCUGGCUCCAUCACCAAUGUCUUGGCAUGGCAUCUUGGCCAAAUAAUCUCUUAUCGAUGCAGCAAGGCUGCUCUGAACAUGCUCACAAAAUGCCAGUCCCUGGGAUUUGCCGAAGAUGGGAUCUUGUGCAUUACCUUGCACCCUGGAUGGGUUCAGACAGACAUGGGACAUAAUCUGGGACUGCCACCAUUGACAAUAGAGCAGAGUGUGCAAGAGAUCCUGAAGACACUUGCCCAUCUUUCUGAAAGCAACAAUGGCACUUUUGUGAAUGAGGAAGGAAAAAUUAUUCCAUGGUGAAAUACCCAGCAACAUUUGUACUUUAAGAGGAACUCCUCACUUCAGGUGAUCCAGUUC